GUGUCUGUGCAUUGUACAUGACUGCUGCGUGGCGUCUGGCACUGGGUGUCAGUGAGAAUAGCAGGGUGAGGCAAGGUGACAGCAAGACACUAGCCCCUGGACUUUGGGAUCGUUAGAGUCCGGCUUGCUUUAUAAGCUGCAGAAUCUCAACAGCUCAACACAAGCAAUGCCAAGUGGAUUUGCAGAUACAACAGCGAACUCAGAUCUAAGAGCCAUGAAGGUCCUCGUUGUCCUCGUCCUAGCCGCUUUCACUGGCUGCAAUGCCAACAUCUUCUAUGCUGAUGAACCCAAGCCACAGAUUGAAUUGCUGACUGAUGCCUUCUGGGACUAUGUCGCCAUGGCAACAGAGACAGCUGAUGACAGCCUCCAGAUAAUCAAGAAAUCCCAGUUUGGACAGGAUGUCUCUGAACGUCUGAGAGAGUACACCGGUGGGGCCUUCAGGUCUGUCGCCGUCCUGCAUGAACAGCUUCCCCCUGCAGCCAGGGACAUGAUCCAGAAAGUCACCACAGAGACCGAACUGCUGAUGGAGCGGGUGGACAGGGACCUGAGCACCGUCAAGGACACGCUGAAGCCCUACACCAAAGAAAUGCAUGCCCAGAUCCAGGAGAGAGUUGAGCAGCUCAAGCAGGAGCUGGCCCCCUACGCUGAAUCAGUUGACACCGAGUCCCUGAGAGCCACCCUGGCGCAGAAGACCGAAGAGAUGAAGCAGAGUGUGAGGGAUCUGCAGGCUCAGCUCGGGCCAUUCACCGAUGACAUGAAGCUGAAGGUGGACCAGCACCUGCAGGACUUCCAGGAGCGCGUGGACCCCUUGGCCCAGCAGGUUCGAGGUCAGGUGAUUGAGAGAGCCCAGCAGGUUCAAGAAAUGGCCACCCCCUACGUUGAAGACCUGAAAGUAAAGCUGGACCCCUACACACAGGACCUCCAGGCCCGCCUCACCACCCUCUACGAGACCUACAUCAAAUCCAACUAAGUCAACCUCCACCUCACCUUAAAUGGAAAGUAACUGCACCAUAAGAAACACAAUUAUCUGACCCGGGGACAACAAAAUGAUCAAAAUAACAACACAAGCUCAACAGUUAUAGAUGUUUGAAGUAUAUGAAGGGCAUAACGUUAAAAAGAUAAAGACUUAAUAUUGACCACACACUGUGUUCUCUUCCUGUUUUAUGGAAAUAAAGUACAUUUUGAAAACAUAAA